AUGGCGGUGUUCUUCGUUGCCACCACGCUGCUGACAUUGGUAGCGAUGGCCCUUCUUACCGGCAUCGAGCUGGGCCUCGUGCCUGUCCCGCUGCCGUGCCCGCCGGCGCUCAAGGGGGACGCGAUGAUGCUGCCACCGCCGGGGCUGCUGCCCAUCACGUAUGAUCACGGCUUCGCGCCCAACAGCACAGACCUCAAGGCCGCCAAGCUCCUGUUUUCAGGCGACGAAAGCGGCAAGGGCGCCAUCGUGGGCGUCGAGACGGUGGCUGUCGCCCCGAACGGGUCCCUCGGGUUGGUCGAUCGCCUCGGGCAGGUCUUCCUGGCAGACCCCGACGGCGCCGGCGGAUUCACCACACCGAAAUAUCUCACGAAAAUCUCCCCCGGCCGCAGCCUCGGCGCGCGGUUCGACGUCGCCGGUAACCUGCUCGUCUGCAACGGCCCCCUGGGGCUGGUCAUGCUAACAGACGGCGCCGCGGAGACCGAUGGCGCGCCGCGGCAAGUGCUGCUUACGGCGCGCGUGUCGGCGGCGUCGCCGCUGGCGGCCGGGCGGCCGGUGGAGUUUGCCAACUCCCUCGACAUUGCGAGGGACGGCAGCGUGUACUUUUCGCACUCCACAGACCUCGCACCGUUCAGGAUGCCAGACGGCAGCUGGAACCCGCUGGACUCUGUUUUCGUGGCCCUCGGCCAGUCCGCGCCGUCGGGCAUGCUGCUGCGCUACGACCCCCCGACGCGCCAGACCACGGCGUUGUUGCGUGGCCUGCUGUACGCAAACGGGGUCGCGCUGUCGCAGGCGGAGGACUUUGUGGUGGUGGCGGACAGCAUACAGGCCAAGCUGUUCAGUCAAGGCCGACCCCCGCAUCACCCCGAAGACGUCGCGACCCGCGACACAACUCCACGCUGCUUGCGCCCCCGCACCAUCAUGGUGCGGGUGCCUUCAUGA